AAAUACGUAAUGAGACCAUCAGGAAUUCUGGACAGGCUAGCCGCUUGCGCGCUAGCCCCUGGGUCCUGGAAUCCCCGCGAAUUCGCUGCGCCGCCGCUGCCACUCGCCGUCUCCAGCGAUUAUUUGAUUAUUUGGCAAGCCACGCCCACCUGAGCUGCAGCUCCCACUUUCCACUCGCUUUUUUUCUACCUCCUCCGUACUUUUGCUUCACUUCACUGUCCCCCGCCUCAAUAAUCCGUCUUCUUCCAUCCAAUUGCUCGUGGCCUAUAUACUAUCCUGCCUAUAUAUACCCGCCGUGGUGACUGCCACCUGAGAUCUGGUCGCUGUCCACCAUGGCUUCGUUCAAGGAAACCUCCGUCCGCCCUGUCGCCCCCGUGGGCAUGCCCGUCCGACAGCCCCAGUCGAGAAACCACUCCCACUCGAUAUCCCUGGGCGCCAUCAACGCCAACCACCGCGUCACUCGCCGCAAAAGUGUCAGCCGCAAGCCGUCCGAGGCCAGUUCCAUCGGAGCCUCCUCCGGCUUCAGUUCCUACCUGUCUCGUGGCCUGCAUGCCGCCAGCCCUGACAGUGCCGCCGAUCGGAAACACUCGCCAAGUUCGAUCGACGAGAACACUGCCGUCGAUGGACCGGUUCCUGCCGGCAAGCCUGUGUCCACGAAGAACCGGAAUCGGCGAGCCAGCGAGGGUUCGCACUUGAUGCGCGGCGAGGGCAAGCGCGUCUCAACUGAACUGCGUUGUGAUCAAUGCGGCAAGGGAUAUAAGCACAGCAGCUGCUUGACCAAGCAUAUGUGGGAGCAUGAUCCGGCAUGGGCGCUGACAUCCAAGCUCCUGAUAUCCAAGCAUCAGCAGGUGCAGCUGCUCGAAGCUGCCACCGUUCUCGUGGCUAUGAACGCUGAGAACGAGUCGGACAACUCCUCUGCCUCUGCGGAUGCCUCAUCCGAACCCCACGACGGAAUCAGCUCGACAGAAACCACCCCGCCACCGAUGGACGACGACGAUGAUGAUGACGACGUGGCAGACUUGAACAAGCGCUACACCUCCUCGGCCUUCUCCCGCUCCUACCAGUCCGUUGCGUCUAGCUCGUAUGCUGACAGCGGGCCCCUCCAUUCCCCGGCCUUCUCGCAUUUCCGGCACUCGAGCAUCGACACCCGUCCAUCGACGGCGGAAACAAGCGGUGGCCAGGACGACGACAGCGAUGCGGCCGAUCUGGCGGCAGCGAUUCGGCUGUGCAACUUUGGCACGCCUCGCUCCAAAGCCACCGCGAUGUCUGCGGACGUGCCGCCUGUUCCACCUUUACCAGCACGAUAUCUAAGCCAGAACGGAGUCAGUUCCAGCAGCGGGAAAAACAACAGUCUAAGCGUUGCCGGAUCGCAGCCGGCCGUAUUUGGCUCUUUUACCUUGGACCCAUCGCAAUCCUACAAAGUCUCGGAUGAACGAGACGUGAAGAUGGGUGACGCAGAUCGCGAGUCUCGACACCGGCGCAACAACGACGUCGACUUUGGCAGCCGCCAGACGCACGACGACGAUGACGACGGAGUCUUUGGCCGGAUGGAAGAAUGAUUCUUUCUGGCGCUCGCUCGGGAUGUAUAUAUUCUAUAUUCUACAUUCCUCGAUCGGUCACGUUUCCUACGACAUUGUACGAAUUUCACCUUAUUUCCUUGAUUCCGUCUCCCGUCCUGGCUGGAGAUGGCUUACCCUUAUUAUCCCGAGGCCAGUAUC